AAAGUAAAAAAAAUUAAAUCUGACCCUGGAAACAGGUGCAAGUUGUUGUUUGAUAAAUGGUGCCUUUUUUUUUGGAAUUAUCUCCUUCUCUCUGUCUCUGUCCAGAGGCGGACUGACCAUUUGAGCACUCGGGCACUGCUCAAGGGCCCGGGGUCAGUAGGGGGCCCCAUGAAAUGCCCCUGGUACCCUUUCAUUGGCUUUUUGAUAAGGCUUUUUUGGGUGUGGUCAAGGACACAGGGGCCCCAUGAUCCCCUAUUGCCCGGGUGCCCCAUGAGUUGUCAGUGCACCCCUGGUGUGUACUUACUGUCCCCGAGUGGUGAUCUCUCUGUCCCUCUAGGUAGGAAAAUGAAUAUCACAGAGCAUUUCCAUGAUUUUAUAUCAGAGGUUGGGGGGGGGCUGUGCUAGGA